UGGACGUCGGUGCACAAAGGCGGCGAUGGACCGAUAGAGACUCACUGGUGGGUACGAAGCAAGUUGGUUGGAAAGGCGAGAGGAAAGUCGCGGCUUUGCCGCUUGAGCAAGACACGCAGAUUGACGAGCGCACCACAGCGGAAGUAUGGGAGGGAGGGCGGUGAUGUUAGGCUGUGGUCUAGGCAACGCCCCUGCAGGGCCCCAGGAUUGUCAUUUUCCGCGGGCCCAUGGCGUACACUCUGUCCCUUACGAUUCAGACAGAGUAGCAACAUUGUAGCAACCUGAACUACUCACAGUACGGUCUCAAGAUCAUUAGAUGUGCCCAAAUACCUCGGUGUUGGUAGUAUAUACACUCGUUGUAUUGCUCGUCACAGCAUGGUUUCCAGUGUAUACGUACAUCGCCCCUGCCCCGUGGUGGUGUACAACCGUUCAGAGGCCAUAUUAUAGGGUACUCGAUUCACCAGACGUGUACUUGCGUGUACUCGUGCUACGUAUGGCGGAACGAAGAGAAAAAAAUAAGUGGCAGGAUACACAUGUGCAGAGGAAACGAGCACCCCAACACCACUCAAAGUGGGUAUUGGUGUCAACCUGUCAUAACGCCGUGGCCAUCUACACAAUAUUGAAUAUCCGAAAUUUGCUUUUCAGGAUGCUGGCUAGGUCUGCGGGCCGAGUAGUAAUGAGAGUGGAAGACCCAAUCCUUUUGUACUGUGAGUGAGGC